AUGGCUCCCCCUAAACCUCCCAACCCAUCUUCUAAAGAAAUUUUAGAAGAAGCACUUACUACUUUAAACCUAAACAAUGCAAUGCAAGAGACACAAGAGCAAAUGGAUGUAAGAUUCCACCAAAUCUCUACAGAAUUAUCCAAUCUCCAAACAAGGUUUGAUAAUGACAAAAGUGUGGAAGACUCUAGAUUUGACUCCCUCAUGGCUGCCAUUAACAAGAUUUCUCUUGCAAAAGAGCUGCAGCAAACCCUUCCUACUCCUGCUGCUACUGUUCACGGAACUGGUUCAACAAGCAGAUCCGCUACUGUUCACGGAUCCGGGACCACUGCUGGGUCCGCUACUGUUCACGGAACAGUACCUCCGGUCACCUCAGCUACUGUUCAUGGAACAGCAGUCACAUCAGGUAUGAUGCAGAACCCACAUUCUAUUUCUAGGGUUCCUCAACCUAAUUUUCACAAUCUAUCACCAACACACACACCCUUAAGAAACUCUGCAACUUUUUCAACUACACAACCCCAGCCAACACCUAACCGCUACAUUAAUCCCCACACCUCCUCAACCUUCAUUCCAUACCCCCCUAUCCCAACUAUCCUAUCAGCCUCUCAACCUUUCACUAUACCUUAUUCCCAACAGCCCCCAUUCUCACAAUUUCCUUCCCAAAACCCUUAUCCCAAUCUCUCCAAUAUACCACCAUUACCAACAGCCCGUACCCCAAAACUCGAAUUACCUAUGUUUGAUGGUUCCGGACCAUUGGAUUGGCUUUUUCAAGCGGAGCAAUUUUUUAAUUUUUAUAAUAUGCCUCCGGAAAACCGUUUAUCAUUAAUUUCCUUUUAUAUGAAAGGUGAUGCCCUUAGUUGGUUUAAGUGGAUGCAUAAUAGUCAUUUAUUAUCUGAUUGGGCCUCGUUUACAAGAGCUUUAGAGUUGCGUUUCGGCCCAUCUACUCAUGACAAUCAUCAGGCAGAAUUGUUUAAGUUAAAACAAGAAGGAACAGUGGUUGAGUAUCAAACCAAAUUUGAACAGUUGGGCAAUCAAGUGGUGGGCCUACCACAAGAUGCUAUCCUUAAUUGCUUUAUUUCUGGUCUUAAUGCUGAUAUUAGAAAUGAAAUGGCAAUUCAAAGACCCACUAAUAUCUCACAAGCUAUUGGAUUAGCAAAAUUGAUUGAAGCAAAACUUAAAGAUUCUAAACCUAAAUUCUCCAAACCCUAUGCUAACUCAUAUCCCAAACCGAACCCCACUCCAUCUGCUGCACCAACCCAGAAAAACCAGUAUACUACUCCAGCCCAAUCUACAUUCCGGCCCAAAACCCCUUUUACCCAACAACCCUCCCACCUACCUAUAAAAAAAUUAUCUCAAGCCCAAAUUCAAGAAAGACGAGCCCAAGGGUUGUGUUUUAAUUGUGAUGAAAAAUUCAUUCCCGGACAUAGAUGUGCUACGGGCAGAUUCUUGAUUCUAUUAUGUGAUGACGAAGUCUUGGAACAUACUCAAUUGUUAGAAGAACCACAAGAGGCUGUAAAUGAGAUGGAACCAAGUGACACUUAUUUUCAACUAUCCACCCAAGCUUUAACGGGCCAGUUCUCUCCACAAACACUUAAAUUCAAAGGCUUAAUUGGUGGUUUAUCGGUAAUGGUUCUUGUAGAUACGGGUAGCACACAUAAUAUUCUCCAACCCCGAAUCGCCCAUCAUCUUAACCUUCUUACAACCCCAAUUCCACAGUUUUCAGUAAUGGUUGGUAACGGUUCUCAUCUCCAAUGUGAGGGAAUUUGUAAUGAUGUCAAGCUUACCCUACAAGAAAAACAGUUCAGUCUGCCAUUUUAUCUUCUUCCAAUUGAAGGGGCAGAUGUCGUUCUAGGGAUGGCUUGGUUACGAACGCUUGGACCCAUCCAAGCAGAUUUUUCUGUUCCUUCAAUUACAUUCAACCAUGAAAAUUACCCCAUGACAAUCCAAGGGGACUCUUUUUCUAGCCCUCAACAAACAACUUUUCACCAACUUAAACAGCUUGUCCAUCAAAAUUCAAUUGCCUCUUUACAUCUCAUGCUUUUCCAACCAAGUUCCACUUCUCUUGCUACCCCACACCCCAACCCGCUAGAAAACUUACCAACAAACACUCACCCUCAACUUUCCAACCUACUUCACAAAUUCUCAAAAAUCUUUCAAAGCCAUGUUGGCCUCCCUCCAUCCAGAACCCAUGACCAUCACAUUACCCUUAUUCCCAACACUGCCCCCAUUAAUGUAAAACCCUACAGGUAUCCUCACUCCCAAAAGACUGCCAUGACCACUAUUAUUGAUGACAUGUUAAAAGAGGGUCUCAUCAAACCUAGUCACAGCCCAUUUUCAUCCCCAGUUUUAUUAGUGAAAAAGAAAGACGGAACAUGGCGUUUUUGUGUGGAUUACCGCGCCCUGAAUGCAGUUACAGUUAAGGACAGAUUCCCAAUACCCACCAUAGACGAAUUACUCGAUGAACUUGGUUCAGCAAAAGUUUUCACCAAAUUAGAUCUACGCUCAGGUUAUCACCAGAUCCGAAUGGCAUCGGAGGAUACACAUAAAACAGCUUUUCGUACUUUCGACGGACACUAUGAAUUCUUAGUUAUGCCUUUUGGCUUGACUAACGUACCCUCAACAUUCCAAUCAGCAAUGAAUGAUCUUUUGCGGCCUUACUUACGCAAAUUCGUUUUAGUAUUUUUUGAUGACAUCCUAAUCUAUAGCACUAAUUUUUCUGAUCACCUUGCUCAUUUACAGAUUAUUUUUCAGUUACUUAUGACCAAUUUUUAUGUUGUGAAGUUAUCAAAGUGUGUGUUUGCAGUUUCUACAGUUCAUUACCUAGGGCAUGUCAUUUCUAUUGGCACAGUGAUACCGGAUGCAGAAAAAAUAAAAGCUAUUCUAGAUUGGCCUCAGCCACGUUCUCUCACGGCACUCAGGGGAUUUUUAGGCCUUACCGGAUUUUAUCGUCGAUUUGUAAAAAAAUACGCCUCUCUCGCCGCUCCUCUCACCGAUUUGUUGCGUUCCACUAAAUUUGUUUGGAGUACAGAGGCGGCCGCAGCCUUUACAGAAUUACAAAGACGAAUGACCGACAUGCCGGUAUUAUCUUUACCAGAUUUUACAAAGAAGUUCAUAGUAGAAACCGAUGCUUCAGGCGUGGCUAUCGGUGCUGUUUUGUCCCAGGAUGGUCAUCCGAUCGCCUACUUCAGCAAAAAGUUGUGUCCGCGAAUGCAAGCAGCUUCUGUUUACGUUCGAGAGAUGUUCGCUGUAACAGAAGCCAUAAAAAAGUGGCGUCAGUAUCUUAUUGGUCAAGAGUUUCAUAUCUAUACUGAUCAAAAGAGCUUACGAAAUUUGUUGCUCCAAAAGAUACAAACCCCAGAACAGCAGAAAUGGGCCUCAAAACUACAAGGAUUCAACUUUGAGAUUUUUUACAAACCUGGUAAAUCCAAUCUGGUAGCCGAUGCUCUGAGCCGAAAGUACAGUGUUGAUACGCCCACCUUGCUAGCUUUUUCUUCACCGAUCCCAGACAUCAUCUCCAGUUUCCGCAAAUUUUAUGCAAAGGAUGAAAGAGGUAAACAAACAGUCAAGACACUACUCAGUAAUACUACCCAUCCAGACUUCAAAUUUUCAAACGGGUUACUGUUUUACAAAGACAAAAUUUUCGUACCUGAUACAGAACAGAUCCGGACUCAUCUUCUUUGGGAGUUUCAUUCUACCCCAUCCGCUGGACACUCAGGUCUCAAAGCCACUCUAGCCCGUAUCUCCACCUCUUUCAGUUGGCCGGGAAUAUACAAAGAAGCAAAGAGUUUGAUUAAGACGUGCAAAGUGUGUCAACAGAACAAAUACUUAACACAGAAAAAAAAAGGAUUGUUGCAGCCAUUACCUACGCCAAAACAAGCUUGGGAGGACAUCUCAAUGGACUUCAUAACCAAACUGCCUAACUCCUUUGGACACACCACCAUCUGGGUCGUCUGCGAUCGACUCACAAAGUCUGCUCAUUUCAUUGCAAUGCCUUCUCACUUUUCAGCACAAGAUCUGGCAAGGCGUUUCACAAUGGAGAUCACACGUCUUCAUGGCCAGCCCAAGUCCAUUGUAUCAGAUCGGGACCCCCUGUUCCUCAGUACUUUUUGGAAAACAUUUUUCAAAGAACAAGGCACAAUAUUAAAAUACAGUACAGCAUAUCAUCCAGAAACAGAUGGUCAAACAGAGGUCAUAAACAGAUCUAUUGGAACGUACCUUCGUUGUUUUGUCAGUUCCCAACCGAGUAAGUGGUACAAGUUUCUUCAUCACGCAGAGUACUGGUAUAACACUUCGUUCCACUCAUCUAUCGGUAUGACACCGUUUAGAGCUCUUUACGGCCGCGACCCACCAUCUAUCUCAGACUAUGUCAACGGAUCUACCUCGGAGACAUUAGUGGAAGACAUCCUGCAACAAAAGCAACAGAUCUUCAAAACUCUGAAUGAAAACCUUCAGAAAAGUAGGAUCCAGAUGGAAAAACAAGCAAACACAAAAAGGAGCGACGUUACCUUCCAAGUUGGGGACCGUGUUCUGUUGAAGCUUCAGCCGUACCGUCAACAAACUGUUCAGAAACGUCCUUCACAGAAACUUGCAUCCCGCUUCUGCGGACCGUUCACCGUCAUUAAAAGAGUGGGCCAAGUUGCUUACUUGCUAGACCUUCCCUCUUCUUCUCGUGUGCACCCAGUGUUCCAUGUUUCUUUGCUGCGACCGUAUUUUGGAACUGACCCCUUGAAUGAUUUUAAACCUCUUCCUCCGUCCAACACUCUUCCGUUUCUUACAGAUCUGGACAGCUCUUUCUUACCUAAUGAUGAGAACCUACAAAAUAGACAACAGACAUUAGCAUCACAACCUUUAACAAACUCAGCAAGUCACAAGCCGAGGGAUCUCUUACCGUCGGGUCACCAUCUUCAUACUUCCGAAACGGCAAUCGCUACAGAGGGAGAUUCAUUGUUGGUGGUGGGCAAGAAGACCGUUCGUGAGGAUGAAAAAGCGGAAACGGCUUCUAUGUUUUCGAAAAAGGAAGAGAGAAACAUUUUAGAGAAAAAAAAUAGUUUGGAAGAAACUGAGAGAGAGAAGGACAAUAAGAAGAUUGUGAUUCGUAAGUCUUUAACUUCUACAGAUUUACUUCAACCUUUUCAAGUACCAAAGGGACCCACAUGUUCUGCACUUUCAAAAAAACACAUGGCUCGAGGUGAUCUUUCACGUGAUUCUGCUUUGCUUCCCAACGUUCAAAAGCCAGCCCAUGUACAGCUGUAUCCCACACGUGAUUCUACUUUGCUUCCCAAUGUUCAAAAGCCAUUCCAUAUACAGCUGUAUCCCAAUAGUAUCUCAGCGGCUGCAGCAUGUACCAACACGUGUCCCACUAAGACUCACACAAACCCUAAUUCAUCAAAAGACCUACCCGACCCACCUUCCCAGCGGCCCAACAAGACAAUUGUGCACUUGGAUUCUUCUAGUGUGAACCUUGAGGACAAGAUGGAAAAUAUUGCUAUUACUGGGCAUACUGCUGACCCAGCUGGUGCAGGAAACGUGCUUAGCCUAGGCCAUGAAGCUGUUACGGCCGGAUCCUCCAUUUCAGAAGCUGCUGCUGUCUCUAGCAGCCUAGGCGCGGGUACAGCAGGUGCUGGAGGCCAAGUUUCUGCCAUUCAUCAGGAAACAUCAAAGGAAUUUGUAGCAAAGCUGGGAUUAAAGACUGGCCAGAAAGUACUGGAUGUUGGUUGUGGUGUUGGUGGAGGCGAUUUGUACAUGGCUGAAAAAUUUGAUGUUGAGGUUUUUGGUGUUGCCCUCUCCAUAAAUAUGAUUUCCCGUGCCAUUGAUCAACGUGCCAUCGGACUGAAAUACAAUGUUGAGUUUGAUUGUGCUGAUUGCUCUAAAAAAACAUAUCCUAAGAAGACAUUUGAUGUAAUCUACACUCGUGAUGCUAUGUUACACAUCAAAGUAAGGAAUUUUCUUUAUCGCCCUUAA